AUGUGUAGAGCCUUCCCUACCACCCUUAAAGGUCCAGCACGAGUCUGGUUUAGUAAAAUACCCCCAAGUUCUGUAGGUUCUUUCGAAGAGUUAAGUAAGUUGUUUGUUAACAAUUUCAUUGGGGGACAGAGACACAAGCGUUCCUCAUCCAGCCUGUUGACCAUAGAGCAAGGGGAGAAUGAGAGCAUGCAGUUAUUCAUCACUCGCUUCAACAGAGAAGCCCUAAGUGUGGACGAGGUAGACAACAAGCUUCUAUUGGCGGCCUUCUAUAAUGGGAUUAAUUCUGAUCUAUUUAUUCACAAGCUAUAUAAGAAGGAGCCUCAAACCAUGGCUGAGCUCGUCCAUUCGACUCAGAACUUUAUGAAUGUAGAAGAUGCGAUCAUAGCCAAAAAGAGGAAAAGAGUUAAAAGGAUGGAAGCGCACCCAGCACGCCUCAGAACAAGACCCUCGUCCAAAGAAGGGACGGACGGAAGAUAA